AUGCCUCCUUCGCGCCCUUCAUCUNNCCCCCUCUCUGUCCUUGACAAGGAAAAGACUGUCGAGCACAUUGAGAGUGCUCCUGUCAAAUCGACCUACCUCGAGGGCUUCUCACUUCUUCGUGACAAAUCUGACGAAGAACUCGCUGCGUUGAAUAAAAGAGUGUUGAGAAAGCUCGACUGGAAGUUCUUGCCAUGUAUCACUGCCAUGCUGCUGAUGAACUAUCUCGACCGAAUCAACGUCUCGAAUGCCCGUCUUGCUGGUAUGCAGGCUGAUCUGGGAAUGAACGAUGUCAUGUGGUCUACCGGUAUCUCCAUGUUCUACGUCGGGUACAUCAUAUCGCAGAUUCCUGCCAACGUCAUCAUCGCNAAAGGCAAUCCUCGCAUCCUUAUGCCAUGCUGUAUGCUCGCCUGGUCCGCCGUCACGAUAUGUAUGCCUGCAAUGAAGAGCGGCUGGUCUUUCUGUGUGUGCAGAUUCCUCGUUGGGUUCACGGAGGGCCCAUUUCUGCCCGCUGUCUCUCUAAUGACAUCUUCAUGGUAUACGAAACAUGAGUCUCCGCUUCGCAUGGGUAUCUGGCAUGCUGGCAACAUCAUAUCCAAUGUCAUCUCCGGUUUGCUUGCAGCAGCGAUCUUGACCAAUAUGGAUGGUAUCGCCAACCUUCAUGCUUGGCAAUGGUUCAUCAUCCUCGAGGGUAUCGUUAGCAUUGUGGUUGCUUUGACUGGCUUCUGGCUCCUGCCAAAUUGGCCAAACAACACUGGCACAUACUUCUUCACCCCCGAAGAGUCGGAAAUGGCCCAAUGGCGUGUUCUUGUCUCUGCAGGUGGUGUCUCCGAAGAUGAUGAAGGCGACUAUUGGGGCGGUGUGAGCCAGGCCCUUCGUGAUCCUUUCACAUGGAUGUUUGCGUCUCUGCAUUUCGCUCUUAUCAUUGCUCAGUCCUUCAAGGAUUUCUUCCCAUCUAUCAUGGCCACUCUUGGAUUCUCCAAGGUAGUGACGUAUCUUGUUCAGGCACCGCCCUACAUUAUCGCCUACUUUGUCACACUUGGUGUCUCUUGGUCCAGUGGUCGUCAUCUGGAGUAUUGCUGGCAUAUCAUUGGUAGCAUCGCGGUCUGCCUCGUGGGUGCUAUCAUGAUGAUUUCCACUCUCAACACCGGUGCCAGAUACUUUGCAUUGAUCCUUCUCUGCUCGGGACCAUUCGUCGGUCUCAACAUCCAGAUCUCUUGGGAGACAACUGUCGUUCCUAGGCCUCGGACCAAAAGAGCUGCGCUCAUCGCCAUCGCCAAUUGCGUCAGCAGUAUCAGUCAUUGGUUCUCGCCCUAUUUCUUCCUCACCAGCCAAGAACCCAGAUACCAGACUGGCGGCGGUGUCAUCAUUGCUGGAUGUGGAAUUACCAUUCUUUCCUGUUUAGUCACCAGGUGGUGGUGCAUCCGAAAGAACAAGGCACUUGAUAAGAAGGAAGCAGAGACCGGCGAGGUCAAUAGCUGGCGCUUUGCUACUUGA